AUGUAUCUUGAGCAAAACUGAUCAUGUCAGUUAAGUAGGUAAAGCUUUUGAAAGACAAAGUUAACUGAGCAUUCCAUGUUUAGAUGAGUAGUUUAGCAGCUAUAAAAACAAGAAGUGAAGAUGUAACAAAUCAUACAACAAAGUGACAUUGACUUUAAAAGCUCUUCUUUUUUUUUCUUCAUCAUUUUGGAAAUGGCCUCAACAAAACAAUAUUUUUGUGCUGCUGGUAAGCCUAUUCGUUGCAAAGCUGCAGUGGCAAGAAAAGCAGGAGAACCAUUGGUGAUAGAGGAAGUGAUUGUGGCUCCUCCUAAAGCACAUGAAGUUCGACUCAAAAUCAUUUGCACUUCUCUCUGUCAUACCGACAUUACCUUAUGGAAGUUGAAAGAAUUUCCUGGCUGCUUUCCAAGAAUCUUAGGCCAUGAAGCUUUCGGGGUUGUGGAGAGUGUUGGAGAAGAUGUUGAUGAGUUGAAAGAAGGAGAUUCAGUUGUACCGAUAUUUUUGCCUGACUGUAUGGACUGUGUACACUGUAAAUCCAAGAAAAGCAACCUUUGUUCCAAAUUCCCAUUUCAAGCGUCUCAGUUGCUGCAUAGAGAUGAUACAAGCAGAUUCACUAAUGCUGAAGGAGAAACUUUACAUCAUUUCUUGUAUAUAUCAAGUUUUUCCGAGUACACAGUCGUUGAUGUUGUUAACGUAACAAAGAUUGAUCCUGAAAUCCCACCUAACAGGGCGUGUCUUUUGAGUUGUGGCGUAUCAACAGGUGUAGGUGCUGCCUGGAAAACAGCAAAUGUGGAACCAGGUUCGACAGUAGUCAUCUUCGGUUUAGGAUCAAUUGGAUUAGCAGUUGCAGAGGGAGCAAGGCUAUGUGGAGCUACCAGGAUUAUCGGUGUUGAUAUAAACUCUAACAAGUUUGAAAUAGGGAAGCAAUUUGGAAUUACUGAAUUUGUCAAUUCCAAAAGCUGUGUGGAUAAACCUAUUAGUCAGGUAAUAAUCGAGAUGACUGAUGGCGGUGCUGACUAUUGCUUCGAAUGUGUUGGUCUAGCAACACUUAUGCAAGAAGCAUUUACCUGCUGUAGAAAGGGUUGGGGUAAAACAGUUGUUUUAGGAGUUGAUGAGCCAGAUGCACAUCUAAAUCUCAACUCUUUUGAGGUUCUUCAGAGUCAGAAAACUCUCACUGGAGCACUCUUUGGUGGUCUUAAACCCAAAUCCGAUGUUCCUAUACUCGUUAAACGUUACCUUGACAAGGAACUGCAGUUGAACAAGUUUGUGACACAUGAAGUGAAUUUUGAAGAUAUCAAUAAGGCGUUCGAUUUACUCAUUCAAGGAAAGAGCCUACGCUGUGUUAUUUGGAUGGACAAGUUAUAGACUCUAAAAGACCAUGUUACUUUCCUUUGGGUCUCGAGUUCGAUCAAAUUUUAGACAUUUCAAGACAAUAUAGGGAUGUAAUUAUUUUCUUAUUCCAAUAGCAGAAAUCAAAAUAUGAAAUAAAACAACUACUGUAUUUGACAGAACAAUCAAUAAGGAAAUCCACUUUAUACCUAACUGAACUGAUUAUUAGGUAAGCCACGGGUUAAUACCUGUAUGGUAUAUGUUGCUAUUUUUGAUUCUGAAAUUGGAGUCUCCCCAAUAAUCAGAAUGCAAGUUCAUCACUAAAUACUACUUUCUUCGUUUCAA